UUUUAACUUGGUUGAAAAUUUUAACCUAACCUCAAUACAUCCAAAGUCAUUUACAAAACAUAAACAACGGCAUUUCUUCACAAAUUAAUAAUUUUACAUAUUAAUAUUUCGUAAUAUAAACAUGGAAGAAAGUGAAAAGAGCACGUAUUUAUUAUUAGACUUUAACGGCAAACUAACAACGGACAUAUUUAAAGAAAAAGUGUUUAUAAAAGUUAUUAACUUAGAAAAAAAAAAUCCUUUGGUACAAAUCAAUGAUUUAACAUUCAAAGGAACAUAUGAACCUGCCUUGGGAACAAACUUAUAUUUUGAUGAAGUACCUGAUGAUCAAAUGUCUCCAAAUUUAUUUGAACAGCAAACACCCAUCAAUUUAAAACAUGUCCUGAGCCAAGACAAAAUACUAAAACUUAAACAAGUCAAACUAUCCCAGAAUAAAAUUGAGGAGCCUGAUCAGUCACAAGCUAUUAAACUUAAUCUGAAAUGGAAUUACAACACACUUAAAGAAAAAUUUGAAAAUGGGACUUUGGACUUAGAGUUGCUUGAUUCUAAAAGCGAUCCUAAUGCUUCAACUUCAUCCAAUGCUGACUUUCUAGAACUAACUGAAUCAAAUCAGAAUAAAGCAGGUCCAUGUGAAACACCACAAGAAAAUGAGCUGAAAGCAAUUCCUGUGGUAAAUAUAGUAGAGCACAAGUAUAAAAAGUUAAAAGAAUUGGCCAGAAGGCCUGUGAAAAGACUGACAGAAGAAGAGGAGGUUGAGGAUUGCAGCCAGAAGUACAAAAAUGCAUACGAAAUGCACAACUUAAAAUGCCGGAUUAUAUCACCUGCAAAUGCAUUUUUUAUAAAUCCCAUUCCAAUUCAGGAAGAAACAUUAUCGAAUGCAGUGGAUAUUGAUAGAUGUGUUUUGUAUGGUAUUAUUGAACCUUCAGAUGAGCAUCCAAGAAAACUUACAAGUCAGGAAAAAAAUGUUUUGUUAACAUUAGAUAAUUUUGAUAACCUAUCCUUACCAGCUAGGUAUUAUGUAAUGAAAAUGCAGCUAAAGAAUUUGGAAGAAUAUAUUCAAAAUGCACCACAAAGUGAAUUAAACAAAUAUGAUAAUUUUGGUAGAACUCCUUUAGUUACUUUAAGUAUAUAUAAGGAUUUGGUGAAUUAUUUGAAACAACACAUUCCAAGCGAUCCAGUUUGUUAAUUUUUUUAUUUAUAUAAAUUUUAAUGUUAAAUGUUUAUUUAAUUAAUGAAUGUUGUAUCCAUAUAAAAAUAUAUUUUGAAAUAAUUAAAAAAAGUGUUUGCUCGUGAACGAUUUUAUUUGAACCAAAAUUUGAAUUUUGCGCUUGUCCUCGUAAGAGUGAAAAAGAAAGAAAUACAAGUUCAUAGUGCGCGAGAGGGACGAAUGUCGCGAUCAGCGGAUACGCCAGCUUAAUGAGCUGUGCAUAUUUGUGUAACAAGCGUGUUCAACUGUUAUUUUCUGUAAAUGCAGUUUUAGAGAAGAGUAGGGGAAAAUUUGGGAUUUUUGUUGUCUGAGAAGCAUUUGAAUAAGAUUCG